AUGGAUAUUGGAACAGAGAGUGACUGGACUGUCAGAGGGUUGCGUUGCAUUGUGGAUAAUGUAGGCACCAGGUUCAACAGGCAAUGUCCUGUGGACAUAGACAAAAGUAACCAGUGUCGAUACUGCAGACUAUGUUUCAAUGCUGCAAUGAGAAAGGACGCUGCUCAGAAUGAGAGAGUCUGCAACAACAGUCACAGAGACAAGGGACAAACAGUGGGCAAUAGCUGGAUUCAGUUACUUCUUAGAAAUGACAUAAGCUGCUCUCGGUUCCCAGCUCUGGUCUCACCUAGGAGUCAUCGCAUCAACACCCAGAAGGCAGCCUGUAUGGGAGACAUGUUCGAGUCCAUGAAGCCGCAACUCCUCCUGCUGGUGGAAUGGGCGAAACACAUCCCAGAGUUUAGUAGCCUCCAGAUAGAUGACCAGGUAACUCUGUUACAAACCCACUCUGCAGAACAUCUUAUCCGAGCAGCAAGACGCUCUUUACCUUAAUACAAUCUCAUCAUUCUAGGUAACGACUUUGUGAUCCCUGAGAGGAGCAGAGGUGGAGAUUUCGCAAUUUGCAGGUUACCUUCUUGCUUCUUACUGGUGUCCAGAAUGGCUUUCAGAGUCCAGGAGGAGCUGGUCAAACCUCUCAGACAGCUCGACAUCACAGACAGACCAGAGUUUGCUUGCCUCAGAACCAUUGUCUUCUUUGUCCCAGACUGUCCGGGUUUGGAGAAUCCUCAGAUGGUUCGACAUCUGCGUUUCCAGGCCCAUCUGCUGCUAGAAGAAGCAACCUGUGAGCAGCGGGGGAGGUUUUGGGAGCUCCUGCUGAUCCUGCCUCCCCUGCAGAGUGCAGCCCAGCAGAUGGUAGAGGCUCUCCACAGAAUGGACAACCUGCUGCAGAGGAUGCUGCUGGGAGAGGGAGCCAAAACAGGACGGGGACUGUGUACAGUUAAGAGACACUGCUGCAGUAUGUACUAGCAAGAAAUGGACUUAAAUUGCACAGAAUGUUAAACUUUGAACUGCGCCGAGCUUGUACAUUUCCAUUGUUGAACAAUCACACUGAGCUCUAGCAUUGGCAUUACGUUCAGUUCAUUCAUCUGCUCUACUCUCAAUAUUGUCUGCUCCAGCUUCCUUCAAACAAUGGCCUGAAUCAAGACCAGCAAAACGAGCCAAGAGCUUCACCUACAAACUUCACUUCCGUCAUUUGUUCAUCACGACAGUUUUGAGCCUGCACCUGGCUAUAGAACAGUGAACA